CCCAAACUUACCGGAAACAAAACAGAGAAGACACAGAAACAGGAAUUACCAAUAGAUUUUGUUUUCUGUUUGCUCAAAUGAGGAACUAGUCAGAAGUUAAAGAAAGUUGAAAUCCUCAAACAACUUACAAUGAAGUGUACUUUUUUGCUACAGCUGUGUUCAUUUUUGUUUUGGACCAAUAUCGCAAGAGCAGAAGACAAUGUUUGCUCCAGACCUGAACUUGGGGACAAUAUGCAGUCGGAGGGGUUACAGCUGUUCUUCAGUCCUGGAGCGGAGGUGGUGCUUUCCUGUAAACCAGGAUACACACCCUUGUUCGGACCUCGCACCAUCGUCUGCAAAAGCACUGGAACAUGGACAGUAACUAAACUUAGAUGCAAACCCAAGUUAUGCCCACCCCCUGAUCCUCCAAUGAAUGGACAAAUGUAUUAUAAUAGUACAUUUUACCUGAGCACCGUCAACUAUGCUUGUGAUGAUGGGUACAUCUUGAUAGGUGCCAGCAGUGCUUUAUGCGAUAGUAAUGGGAACUGGAGUGCAACAGAACCACGAUGCAAACCGAUUUCCUGUGGUCCUGCUCCAAUUCCAGAGUUUGGCAUGAUCAUUUAUGAUAGGAUUAUCAGAGAUAAUAAAAACAUCAAUUAUGGUACCAGUGGAACCUACAGGUGCCUACCUCCACUUGCACUAAUUGGUGAAAGGAGAGCAGAAUGCACUGCCAGUGGCCAAUGGACCGAGACACCCCAAUGUCGAGAGGUGAGCUGCCCUCCACCAGAGAACAUUGAGCAUGGCUACAUGUCAGUCAUCCCAAAUAAAGAAUAUGCCUACACCGACACUGUCAAAUAUGGAUGUAAAGGUGACUAUGUACUACACGGGCCGCUACAGAUUGUAUGUGAGAAGACAGGGGAAUGGUCUGAAAAACCAUCAUGCAAAGCCCCGUGCAGUGUUGGUAUUAAGAGGGGAAGAAUCAUGUACAAAGGGAACAAACAAUGGAUUGAAGAUUUCAAACCUAACCAGAUUUUACAUGGAGAAAGUGUUUCUGUUUACUGCAUGGAUGAAGGCCGGAAUUGUGGAUAUGCAAUUCCAAGUCAAUGUUCUGAUGGAAACCUUCAAAUUCCUGAAUGCUUUGAGGAGCCCAGUGCAACGCUGUAUGCACUAAAAUCAGGAUCACUUCCAUCAGAAAUUCAACAAUGUUAAAAAUAAUGUUAGAGAGCAGGAAAAAUCUGCUGUUUUUGUUGACUCUUGUCCAUUCCAGAAAAAAGUAUGCUUAAUGAUUAAUUUCUUAGGAUUGCAUAUUGUCUUUUCUCUUUCUGUCUUUUACAGUUUAUUGCAAAAUGUACAUAAUUAAAUGGACAUGCACAUGCUGUAUACUUUAGACAUUCAUUAAAUGCUUGAAUCAUU